AGCAGUGCCAUCUGGGAGAGGUAAGUUUGAUCACCGGACGUGUCUCUGUGAUACUGUAGAGCUCGUCUUAUAUUCAGAGCAGUGGGCAGAGUCCAUCCAUAUGCCGGAGGAAGGAGUGGUCGACAGAGUUGUAUUUCGGCCAAGGAUCUGCGCAGGCCUAGCAAUGCCCCGCCCGCUCUGCUACAAGACCUCAUCGAAGUCAUUGCGCGCCUGCCUCUGCGACGAGCCCUUGCUUCUCGCCCAGUGCUGCCUCACAUGCCGCGCGCGACGACAGGCAGCACCGCCGCUCUGCAUGACUUCAUGCGGGUGCUCAUGUUCAAGCAGUACGAGCCGUCCUACAGCUGCGCGCUCGGCGAACUCGAACAAGCGGGCGCACACCUUCGCCGUGCGCGUUUGCGGGUGCCGCCUCCCGCGCUGGAGCCCCUCGCGUUCGCGCUGCUCGACUGGGCGGCACCCCCGAGGACACCGCACUCCGCCUCCGUCAGUACGCCACACGCCCAAUGCCCGUUGCUCACCUGUCUCGCCCGUCGGUACCUCUUCCAUCACGCAGGCGUGCUCCGCCUCGUCGCAGGCGUGCCCUCCCUAAUCUCGCAUGGAUGUGUCUUGACACAGUCACGGCCCAGUCGACACUGCAGGACACGUAAGGAGCCCCCGCUACUCCAAGCAAGAAUUCUGUGAGUUCUUGCUCAUGGUCGCGACUAUCGCCCAACAAUUUUUCUCGCGGCGCGGCCACAUCAGAUCUUCCUAGACGGUUUGGUCGCAUACACGCACCCCUUUGGGACACGACUCAUUUCUUGUUCGUGCCCUUUCAGUCGCCCCUCCGUGCAUUCCACGACCUC